AUGGGCGAUGAUCCUCCAGACAAGACAGCCGACCGGAACCCGGUAUCAGAAUCAACUGCGAGGCAAAUUCAGACACCGGGUGCAACACCUGUUCAAUCCGCGCGACUUUCCAAUGCCAGGCAUCAUUCCGGCUUCACGGAAGCCCGCUAUGGAAACAAUCCGAAUUCGUCUCCCAUGAACAUGGGUAACAUGGCAUACGCUCUCCCAGGUCAUCAUUCACAGCAAUAUGAACAACCAAUGUCUCAAUAUCCGGCUCAUGGACAGGGCAUGAUGUAUCCCAUGCCGCCCAUACCUAUGGCUCCAUAUGGACACAACACCGGAGGGAUGGCAUAUGCUGUCCCUUACCCAGCCUAUCCACCAUAUGCGAUUCCACAACAUCCAGGCCAACCUCGGCAUGGCACUCAUUACCAACCAUAUGUGUCAAAUCCAUCUAUGCAAAGUGUCGGCCCAGGACAGGCGCCCCCAUAUGGUCCAGGAUACUAUCCCCAGUCGGCCUAUGGUGCUCCCUGUGGAGUGCCUCUUGCUGGGCAAAUGCUCCCGUCCGGAUCAAUUUCCCAUGCACAAAUCUCACCGAAACCGGGCUCUUUGCGAAAAGAAGCCGACAAGCGUGCUGCGGAUUUGGAAUAUGACGUCUCUAAGACUAUAGUAGACGGCUCAAACCCCAUGAAAUCAGUACCCCAAACACUUCUUUCAGACACUUCUCUACACUCGACCCCAUCCACCCCGAGCACACCCCGAGGACCACCCCGAAAACCGAAGCAAUCAGGACAUGCCCUCUGGGUUGGCAAUCUCCCCCCGGGGGCCAAUGUGAUGGAUCUCAAGGAUCACUUUUCGCAAGAUGCGACCAACGAUAUCGAGAGUGUGUUUUUGAUUUCAAAAAGCAAUUGUGCCUUUGUGAACUAUAAGUCGGCUGCAGCUUGUGUGACAGCGCUGGCAAGAUUCCACGAUUCCCGAUUUCAGGGCGUACGUGUUGUCUGCCGACUACGCAAAGGAUUUUCUGCACCUGGCUCUGUGCCUACGGUUCCUCCAGCGAAUCUUCGCCCUCGACCGGAGGAUAUCGCAACGGAACCAAGAGACGAGUCCACAAUUGGGGAGAUCAGUUCUACAUCGCCGGCUACGGGACAGCAACCUCCCCCUGCGCGGGUGGUGGAUCGGUAUUUUAUUGUUAAGAGUUUGACGGUGGAGGACCUCGAGUUGAGCCGGCAAAGUGGCAUUUGGGCCACACAGUCACAUAAUGAGGCGGCGAUGAAUCAAGCAUAUGAGACCGCCGAUUACGUAUAUUUAAUCUUCUCAGCCAACAAGUCCGGCGAGUAUUUUGGCUAUGCUCGCAUGAUGUCGCCCAUCAGCGACGACGAAGAGUUAGCCCUCGAAGUACCUCCACGACCCGACCCUCCCCCCGGCGACCCCGACGAUCUCGACGUGACCUUAACGAUAGCCACCUCGACGGCACCCCGCGGGCGAAUCAUCGAUGAUUCGGUGCGAGGAACAAUAUUCUGGGAGGUGGAAUCCUCCGGAGACGAAAACGACGAUACCCACAGCGAGAAGAGUGUUGAGCCAGAAGACGAGGAGGGACAAUCCUUUGGCAAACCCUUCCGCAUCCAGUGGGUAUCAACAGAACGAGUGCCCUUCCACCGCACUCGAGGGUUGCGCAACCCUUGGAAUGCCAAUCGCGAGGUCAAAAUCGCUCGCGAUGGCACCGAAAUCGAACCGACGAUCGGCCGGAAGCUGAUUCAGCUAUUUCACCUUCCUUGA